AAUAUUGUUGACAAAUUACAAUUGUGCACUUGUAAAUUUAUUGAAAUCCGUAUAGCUCAAUAGUUGUUGUAUAGUCGUCUCGACUGUACACAACUUAUGGAUGUCGUUAAGUAUUAACUAAUUUCGACGAACGUCGUAUAACACUAUAACUCCGCGUUAUAAAUUACGGUUUGUUUGAAUUAUAAGUUAUAACUAUUAUUAUCAUUAUGUCUUCAGUAGUAGUCUGUCUCUUUCGCCGCCAUUAAAACGUAUCAAAAGAUUUUUUUUGCCGGAACAAUGGAAACUUGUUGCUCGACCAAACCUCGUUGAUAGAGCCGUUUCGUCGGGCAAAUAAUAAGUAACACUGACCACAGAGGGUCGGUGCCUAGUAUGGAGUCCAAGUUUUCGGGUUUUGCUAAAGAGACCACGGCCAGACCUGCGUGUAAAAAAUGCGGUUACUCUGGUCACUUGACGUUUCAAUGUCGGAAUUUCAUUAAGAUCGAUCCCAACAAGGAUAUCGUGUUGGAUGUGAGCAGCACAAGCAGUGACCCGGAAGAGGAUUAUGUGACACCACUAGUGCAGUUGCGCGAGAUCGAAUUAGCUUCGAAAUUGAAACAGGCGGCAUCCAAAAAGAAGAAGAAGAAGAAGAAGAAGAAGAAGUCAAAGAAACGCAAGCACAACACGACUGACAGCGAGUCAUCCGACGAUGACACGGCUGAGCGAAAAAAGAAACAUAAGAAACACAAGAAACAUAAAAAAGAAAAAAAAUCUAAAGAUUAAGUACCUACCUAGUAAAUAAGAAAGUAUAUUUUAUAAGUUUUGAAUAUUUAAAAUUUCCAAAAUAUUUUAUACAGUAAAUAUGACCCAACAAUAUAAAUAUAUAAAAUAUUCAAUAUAAAUGGUAUGUAAUGCAUAUCUUUACUUUAUGUUUAAAAUAGUUAAAUAGUUUUCACUUAGUGGUAUUAUGUUAAAAUAGUAAGAAACACAGGACCGUAUUAAUCGAUACAUAAUGAAGGUGUAUUAAAAAGUGUCUUCUGUUGUAAUUUCUCACUUCAUAUUGUUUCAACAUAAUAUAUUGAAAUUCAUAACUUAGCGAUUAAAUAAUAUGACUUUAUUUUUUAGCAGUUAAUCAAAUAGGUAUUAUUCAUGAAAAGUAAUAUAGGGUUUUUUAAUUAGUGUCAAACAGUGAUUAUAAUCUUAUUAUGUAAAGAAAAUAUAAUAUUAUAAAAUACAUUUUUAUUACCA